AUGGCAAAUUCAAAUAAAGAUAAAAAUGUUCGUUUAGAAAGGCACAGCGCUGGGAAGACACCUGCUUAUGGUGAUUCAAGUGUUCGCGCAGGAACAGGAAAAUUCAAUUGGGGUACCACAACAGAUGUAGUAAUAACAGACUCAAAGCCUAUAGAUCAAAGAGAUCCAAUGUAUGACAGCGACAAUGAAAAGAAAUCUAGUGAAGAAAAAAAGUAA